AUGGCUUCUCGCUUUGAGCUACUUCUGAUCUGCGUUUGUUCUCUCUUCUUAGCUCUUGCUCACUCAAAGACGUUGAAACGAGAUGUGAAAGCUUUGAAUGAAAUCAAAGCCUCUCUGGGAUGGAGAGUGGUGUAUUCAUGGGUCGGUGAUGAUCCUUGUGGUGAUGGAGACCUUCCACCUUGGUCUGGUGUCACCUGUUCUACACAAGGAGACUAUAGGGUUGUCACGGAACUAGAAGUUUACGCGGUUUCGAUUGUUGGACCAUUCCCCAUUGCAGUGACAAACCUUCUGGAUCUGACUAGACUGGAUCUACAUAACAACAAGCUGACUGGUCCAAUCCCUCCACAAAUUGGGCGUCUGAAACGGCUGAAAGUACUAAACCUGAGGUGGAACAAACUACAAGAUGUGAUUCCCCCAGAGAUUGGGGAGCUAAAGAGACUAACCCAUUUGUACUUGAGCUUCAAUAGCUUCAAGGGAGAGAUUCCAAAGGAACUGGCCGCUCUUCCCGAGCUUCGGUAUCUAUAUCUUCAAGAAAACCGUCUCAUUGGAAGAAUCCCUGCAGAACUUGGGACGCUACAAAACCUCCGACACCUAGAUGUUGGUAACAACCAUUUGGUCGGAACCAUAAGGGAGCUCAUCCGUUUUGAUGGAAGCUUCCCAGCUCUUCGCAACCUGUACUUGAAUAAUAACUAUUUGAGUGGAGGAAUCCCUGCUCAGCUAUCGAAUCUGACAAACCUAGAGAUUGUGUACCUAUCUUACAACAAAUUCAUCGGAAACAUUCCUUUUGCCAUUGCUCAUAUUCCUAAACUGACAUACCUGUAUCUUGACCACAAUCAAUUCACUGGGAGAAUCCCAGACGCAUUCUACAAGCAUCCCUUCCUCAAAGAAAUGUACGUUGAAGGUAACAUGUUCAAGGCUGGCGUGAACCCUAUUGGUACCCACAAAGUUCUAGAAGUUUCUGAUGCCGAUUUUGUCGUGUGA